UUUUCCAGACACAGCUGAUGCUGAACCGAAGCAGACAGCAGGCAGCUAGCGCAGUGGCUUUAGCUAGGAAGGUAGCCAGCGGUUAGCUUACUGCCGCUGCGCUGCUUACAUUAUAAACACACACGGGGUUCUACUUUAGAAAAUACAGUUCCCUCAGCGUUGCUGAGACAUUGUUAUUAAAUGUCUAAAUCGUGAGGUCGUGACGGGGGGGGGGGGGAGGUUCUGAGGCCGUGUUUUUUUGUGGUUGAGUUGAUUCUGAAGGGGAAGAUGUGCAAUGGAAUUGUAGAGUCAAUUUCAAAUGCCUUUUGGGCCCACACCUCAGCCAUUGAGCGGUCCUUUGUGUUGCUGCUGGUACUGACUCUAGUGUCCACUGGGCGAGGUUCAGGAUGUGUGAGGCCUUACAUGGUCCAGAACAGCUGGGUAAACCUCACAGAGACCAACAGAGGCUUGUUCCCUGUGGGCACAGUGCUGCAGUACAGCUGUGACCCUGGUUACUUGCCAGAUGGGCCCAGCAUCCUCACCUGCACCACAUCAGGACGGUGGUCCUCAGAACCUCCUCAGUGUAUACGAAGUGGUGCAUGCCUACCCCUCUCCAAACCUGAGAAUGGUGGCUACACCUGCCAUCCAUCCCCAUGUCGGUUGUUUUCCCAUGGCACUAUAAUUGAGUUCAUCUGUAACGAGGGCUUUGCUCUCAGUGGAGACUAUCCCUACCUGACGUGUCAGGAUGGACAGUGGGACGGACCCAUGCAGAUUAGCUGUGUAAGCAAAGGUUGCAUUAGACCCUCUGUGGUGCAGCACGGUUCAACUAAUGUGAUGGACACCAACAGGAGCUUGUUUCCAGUGGGCACAGUGCUACAGUACAGCUGUGAUCCAGGUUACCUGCUAGUUGGACGCAGCAUCCUGACCUGCACCUCGAUCGGAGACUGGUCCUCUAAUCUUCCACGCUGCAUACGCAAUGACGUUUGCCAACCUCCAUAUCAGCCAGAAAAUGGAGGUUACACCUGCCACCCAUCCCCAUGCAGACGAUUUUCCCAUGGCAUUGUCGUGGAGUAUUUCUGUGAUGAAGGUUACAUUCUGAAAGGAGACUACAAAUUCAGAACCUGUCGCUAUGGAAAAUGGGACAACAUAUCGCCAGUCAGCUGUGUUAUCAAACAAGGCUGUGUAAGACCCUCCAUGGUGGAACAUGCCUUAACUAACCUAACUGACAUGAACAGCAGCUUAUUCCCGGUGGGGUCAGUGCUGCAGUAUAGCUGUGACCCUGGUUACCUGUUGGAAGGAGCCAGCAUCCUCGCCUGUACCACACUGGGACACUGGUCCUCAGAACCUCCUCGCUGUAUACGCAGUGACGUGUGUGAUUCUCCAUAUGAACCAGCGAACGGAGGCUUCACGUGCCACCCAUCCCCAUGCCGAAGACUUUCUCACGGCACCGUGAUCGAAUAUUUUUGCGAUGAAGGCUAUGUUCUGAAAGGAGACUAUAAAUAUCUUACCUGCCAGUAUGGCCAGUGGGACAACCAAAUGAAGAUAAGCUGUGUCAUGGAGCAAGACCACAUUCCAACUUUGCCUUUGGGAAUGCCAGCCUUGUCCAUAGUUGCUUCCACAGCAAGCUCGGUGGCUUUGAUCCUGCUCCUGGUGGUACUGUUUGUACUUUUGCAGCCUAAACUCAAGUCCUUCCAUCGACGUGACCACGGGUUGUCGGGGCAGCCUGUCUCCAUCAUGGUGGAAGGGGUCCAGGUGACUCUUCCUUCCUACGAGGAGGCUGUGAGUAGUAGCGGAGCCUCAACACUCAGCCCAGAGUCUAGAGUCCAGAUAGUGUUGUCUGAGGGUCAGCAUGCCUCAGCACUAGAGGCUGGUCCGACGAGGCCUCCUUCUCUCAAACAGCCGCAGUCCGAGAUGCCUGUCGUUCACCCUGUGCUGCAGUCGUCCUCUUCCUCACCGUUGUCUUCUGCUUGGAUUCUGGAGCAUGCAGGUGCGACCGGAGGCACCUCAGCCACACGUAGAAGGCCGUCUGCAGCCAGCGACCAGCAGAGCCUGUCGCUAGACUCUGAGAUGGACUACACUGAUGACAUGCCAUUACUGAAGGAGGCUUGAAACAUAUGGAAAAUACAACUAACCAGUACUUACCUUUACUGGUUUGAAGACUUUUAUCAACAGAGAUGACAGCAGUUAAAGAGUAAAGCGCUCAGUCACUCUGAACAACUCAUCCAACCAUCCCAAAGGAAUACAAAGGAGGAAUCACAUGUACAUAUGCUUAAAUUAGGCAUUCCCACAGUGUGUAUGCUUGUCUGCUUUCUGAAAAUGCAGAAGAAAUUAAAGGAGCAGGCAGGUUGGAUGCCAUGUGUCUUUAAAAAAUGACAGAUGCUUUGUAGUUUAUUGAGCAAAUCUGUAAACUCAUUUUGUAAAAACAAAAAUCUUACUUGUUUAUCAUUACUUAAAUCACACAUCACUUAAGAAACACAUUUGCUAAGAUGCAUGAACCCACAUUCCUGUUGAAGUAGUAAAAGCUUUUAGUGUUUUCUUCAAAGUUUUUGUAAGUUUUAGUCAUCAGUUGCGACAUUUAAUGACAAUGUGUAGGUUAAUACUACAUACAUCCUAUUUCUCCGACUCGAUUUCCCUCUUCAUGCUCAUACUCUUCCCCUUAUAAGGCCUUAGCUUUCCACUUCUAUGCAUAUAUUACGGUAUGUGAAAUAAGGAGUUUUAAAAGUGAAUGUUAGUUAAAUGCCCUCACUGCUUGGUGAUCAGUUAGUUGUGGCAUUGUGAAACAUCUCUCUUGUACACCUGAAGAUAUUGUCUUUGGUAAUUUAUUGAGGCUGCUGGGAAAAUCCUGCUUUAAGCCUAAAUGUGUGUAAUUUAUUUGUGCCGAUAAAGCUGUUGAUCAGCUGUUGUGAUGCCUCUGCAACUCGUGGAGUUUAUUAAAGAUAGUUUGCAGUUCAUUUUACUACGUCUGCCUUGAUGUCAGAUGUGAUGUGAAGUGUUUAGGAGGAUCCCAACCUCAGAAAAAAAGAGCAAAUGUAUAGAUAAGUGUAAUUUUCAGCUCUGUUUGCUUUAUUUGACCUUCCAUUGAGUUUACUUUUAGAUUAAAAGAUGUAUGUUUUUGGUACAACUGUGUUCUAAUAAAUGUAAAACCUUUUAUGGUCUGAUUAUUCUGUAUAUAUCAUGAAAUUUGAUUAAAUAUUAUUUGAUGUGUUCAAACUGCUUUUAUCCUUUUUCAGUACUGUUUUCACAUCUGCUGUUGUCUUAUUAGAGUGUCAAUAAAAAGAUUGCAUAAACAUA